CUUAUGUGCACAUUUCACGGCAGAGCCCUCUCUUAAUCUGACAGUGGCUGAUAAUUAAUCUUAUUCACCCAGCUGCUGCAAUAGGAUUAUAAAGAGGGGAAGUGCGUCACAAGGCUCCUUGGAAAUUGAGGAAUGCAAUUCUGCCACCAUGAUGGAAGGAUUGAAAAAGCGUACAAGGAAGGCCUUUGGAAUACGGAAGAAGGAAAAGGACACUGAUUCCACAGGAUCACCAGACAGGGAUGGAAUUCUUCCCAGCCCUCAUCCUCAUGAGCCACCCUUCAAUAACAAACCAGAGUGUGCACGUGAAGGAGGAAAAAAAAUUUCGAAGAAAAGUAAUGGAGCUCCAAAUGGAUUUUAUGCAGAGAUUGACUGGGAAAGAUAUAAUUCACCUGAGCUUGAUGAAGAGGGAUACAGCAUCAGACCAGAAGAACCAGGCUCUACCAAAGGAAAGCACUUUUAUUCCUCAAGCGAAUCAGAAGAAGAAGAGGAGUCACACAAGAAAUUUAACAUUAAGAUUAAGCCUUUGCAGGCUAAAGACAUUCUUAAGAGUGCAGCAACUGUAGAUGAAUUGAAAGCGUCAAUAGGCAACAUCGCACUUUCUCCAUCUCCAGUGAGGAAAAGUCCGAGGCGCAGCCCGGGUGCAAUUAAAAGGAAUUUGUCCAGUGAAGAGAUAGCAAGACCUAGGCGUUCAACACCAACUCCAGAACUUGUAAGCAAAAAAGCCCCGGAUGAUCCUUCAGCCCUUGCCCCACUGUUUGGCCCACCACUGGAGUCAGCAUUUGAGGAACAAAAGUUGGAAGCUCCUUUAGAUCAGACAGAGAUAUGGGGUUCUGUCCAGCCAGUGAAUUCCAGUCUAGAUUCUCCAAAGCUACCAAGACCUUUUCCAACUGGAACACCUCCACCACUUCCACCAAAAAACAUUCCAGCUACACCACCUAGGACUGGUUCUCCCUUAACAGUUGGAAUAGGAAGUGACCAGACAGCAACAGAGGUCAAAAGUGACAAACUACCAUCCAUCAAUGACUUGGACAGCAUUUUUGGCCCAGUGUUGUCCCCCAAGUCUAUUGCUGUUAACGCAGAAGAUAAGUGGGUCAAUUUUUCUGAUCAGUCCCCGGAAAACGUAACAGCAGAGUUGACUUCAAGGGAAAAAGUGGUGUCCCCACCUGUGGCAUCAGAAAUCCCAGCUGAAUCUCCAGCUGUUGAAACCUCCCGCAAUGUUCCAUCACCUCUCAAUUUAGAAGAGGUUCAGAAGAAAAUUUCUGAGCAAACCCACGUUAAAGAUGAUAACUUAGAAACAACAGCAUCUCCUAAAGAUUUUGGGUUGGGACAGAGAGCUACACCACCUCCCCCUCCACCACCUACCUACAGAACAGUGGUGUCAUCACCUGGACCCAGCCCUAUCAGUGGCACAGGAAGCACCAGUGGUUCUUCAUCUCCGGCUCGCCCAGCAACUCCACUGGCUGCCUGCAGCAGCCCCACACCACCGCCUCCUCCACCUCGGCCCCCAUCUCGGCCAAAACUGCCUCCAGGGAAGCCUGGAGUUGGUGAUGUGUCCAGGCCUUUUAGCCCUCCUAUUCACUCAUCCAGUCCUCCUCCGGUAGCACCUUUAGCCCGUGCUGAAAGUACUUCUUCCAUAUCAUCCACCAAUUCCUUGAGUGCAGCCACUACUCCCACAGUUGAGAAUGAACAGCCUUCCCUCGUUUGGUUUGACAGAGGAAAGUUUUAUUUGACUUUUGAAGGCUCUUCUAGGGGACCCAGUCCAUUGACAAUGGGGGCACAGGAUACCCUCCCUGUAGCGGCAGCAUUCACAGAAACUGUUAAUGCAUACUUCAAAGGAGCGGAUCCUAACAAAUGUAUAGUGAAGAUAACUGGAGAAAUGGUGCUGUCGUUUCCUGCAGGAAUUACCAGACAUUUCGCCAAUAAUCCAGCCCCGUCUGUUCUAACCUUCCGUGUGAUAAAUUACAACAGGUUAGAACACGUCCUGCCAAAUCCCCAACUUCUCUGCUGUGACAGUACACAAACUGAUGCCAACACAAAGGAAUUCUGGGUAAACAUGCCAAAUCUGAUGACUCAUCUAAAAAAAGUGUCUGAACAGAAACCACAAGCAACAUAUUACAAUGUGGAUAUGCUCAAAUACCAGGUAUCUGCCCAGGGUAUUCAGUCUACUCCAUUAAACCUUGCAGUGAGCUGGCGGUGUGAAUCUACAAGCACUGACCUUCGCAUUGACUACAAAUAUAAUACAGAGGCAAUGACUACACCAGUAGCUCUAAACAAUGUCCAGUUCCUAGUUCCCAUAGAUGGAGGAGUAACGAAACUUCAAGCUGUGCUUCCACCUGCUGUUUGGAAUGCUGAACAGCAAAGAAUAUUGUGGAAGAUUCCUGAUAUCUCGCAAAAAUCAGAAAAUGGAGGUGUGGGUUCUUUGCUGGCAAGAUUCCAGCUAUCUGACGGACCAAGCAAACCUUCGCCACUGGUAGUGCAGUUUACGAGUGAAGGGAGCACUCUCUCCAGCUGUGAUAUCGAACUUGCUGGAGCAGGAUACCGGUUUUCACUCAUUAAAAAGAGAUUUGCAGCAGGAAAAUACUUGGCUGAUAACUAGUGGAAGCUUAUGCAAGUAUAUGGAAAAUCCAUAUAAUCAAGGACUGCUGUGUGGAACGGGUUUGAAUUACGGUUUAAGGGAAAUGAACUAAAUCCUGCACUUGGGGCACUUCUGUUGGAAGUGUCAGCGACUUUCAGCAUUUUUUUCCUGAGAAGACACCGUCUUGACCAGUCCGACAGUAUUUACUUCUAGAUGUAACAUUGUUAAUGGUUUUAAAAUGUAAUUAUUGUAUUUGUAAAUUGUACUCAUUCCAGUAAGGCUGUAUUUUGGCAGUUAGACACUUGAGUUUUAGAAUUUUACCAUUCAUGAAAUGGAUGUAAUUUAAACUGUGGUAUACAAAUUUAAUAGUAGUACUGUUGAAUGGCACAAUGCUUACAGAGGUAGAUUACAUUUUGUCAAUAUAUAUACGAUUUAAAUACAAUACUGGUAGCUGUUAAAAAGGGGGUGCCUCAUGAAAAAAGAGAGUUAAGUAGAACCUGCAAACGGAUUUACUUUUUCUUCGGUCCUUAGUAUGUCUUAUAAUAGUGCUAAAUAAAAGGUCUAUCUUCAUUUGUUUAGCUGGUUUAACUGCAAAAGAAUAUUUUAAUAAAUGCUGAGGUUAUAACCUAUUUUCUCCCAAAAAACCCCAAUCAACCAAAAUACUAAAACGCAAUGUCCAUACUUCUUAAAAUACUUAUUUCAAACUUCAUAACAAAUAAUGCAACUUUUCCAAACACUGUCUUCUACUUUUAUGGACUCUUGUUUCUUCUCAAUCUUCUGACACUUCACAAAUGUAUAGAUUCUUAAAGAAGCAGGCAAUUUAAGACUCCGAGCCUACAGGAGUCUGUAUGUCCACAGAUAGUAAUUGUAUUAAAGGGCACAUUUUCAGCAACCGCCUCCACUUUUGCAAGGCUGUUUGUUGGGGAAUUUUGGAGCACCCUAUGUAAGAUGCUUCACAGACAUGUAAGAAAAGUUCCUUGUCUCAAUAAUUAAGAACCUAAGCAAGCAAACAACCCCCCCCCACACACAAAGAUAACUGGAGAAAGAAUGCAAUAUAACCCUACUAUGUAGCCCUGAUACUGCACUUUUUAUCCAUAGAUCAUAAAGUGCUUUAUACAAGUGAAGAAGGAUUUAGCUCUGUUUUACACAUGGAGAAACUGAGGCACUGAAAAUUUAAGUCCUGCCCAAGGUGACAGGGUUGAGUCAAUGGCAGAGUCAGAAAUAGAACACAGGUCUCCUAACUCACUGUCUUUUAUCUUGUCAACUGGACAAUUUUGUGUUGUGCAAAGACUGAGUAGUUACAAUGGUUAUAUUUCAAAUAUUUUGAACUGA